GCCUCUUGUUCCUCGGCACUGGCGGAUAAGAUUUCUAAAGAAGAGUCUUUAAGCAGUAUUUCCAUUAAACCUAGUACUGAUGAUUCAUGGCUUACAUCAGAUGCUGAAGACUUAAAUUUUGGUAUCCAGGAAGGAGAGGUGCAGCCGGCAAUUGGAAAACAGGACGAUGGUAUUAGUAUUACUGAAAGUGCUCCACAAGAGCAAACAGUUAAUGACAAUCUGACUUCUGCUGAUAGAGCAUACAAAAGUAAUAGUAGUGUUACGAUGUCAGCAUUAGGAUUAGGAGAAGAGGAAGAUGGAGAAUCACCUUUGGAUUCUGAGAGUAUUUCUGAGAGUCUUCCAGAGAAAGACGUGAAACGUUUAUCUGGAGCUGCGGAUCAGAAAGGACCACGUAUAUUAAGUGAAGAAGUAGAAGAUUCUCCUAAAAUAUAUCCUUACGUGAAGCCUACCGUUGAAGUGAAAGAUUCCGUUCCUACUAAAACAGUAGAAGUGAAGGAAAAACAAACAUCCAAAUCAGCUUUGUCCAGUUGGAAGUCUUCAGUGUGUUUGGCUCACAGUACUGUGUCUUGUCAAAGAUCCAGGGCUUUGAGAGUUGAUGAUGAAUGCCCAUCUGUAUCACACUUGGUGACCCAAAAUCAGUCAGCAUCCAGAGGAUUUGGACAGACGACCUUCAUAGAGAAAGUAAAGAUUAAUGAUAUUGGAGUUGUGUUUCUGUUAGAGAAUUAUAAACUCCAUGACCUGUAUAAAUCACAGCUACCAGAAAGCAGAGAGCACAAACAAGAUUUGCCAGCAGAACGAAACUUAGAAAGGACAUCAGAGGAAGAGCAAAAAAGACUUGAUGAAAGUGAAAAUAACCACCUACAGAGUAUUUCUGAGAGUCUUCCAGAGAAAGACGUGAAACGUUUAUCUGGAGCUGCGGAUCAGAAAGGACCACGUAUAUUAAGUGAAGAAGUAGAAGAUUUGCCAGCAGAAGGAGACUUAGAAAGGACAUCAGAGGAAGAGGAAAAAAGACUUGAUGAAAGGGACAAUAAGCACUUACAGGAUAAAGUUAUUUUACAAACAUGUAUCCUGGCGGAAAAGACAUCUGAAAAUCAAACCAAGCAAAUUAAUGUUCCACUCUUGCAUCUGCAAAAAAAGUCUCGAGAACCAGAGAUGAAUAAGAACUGUGAUAGAGAGGCUCAUAUAGCUGUAUAUUCAGAACAUCCUCCUGUGCAGAAGCAUGAGGAACUCUGGAUCAAACAAGGCAAAUUAGAGUGGAAAAAGAAUUUAAAACUCAUCACCAGUGAGUUAAAGCGGAAGUUUGGUAAAACUUGUGAAAGAUACAAAAUUGCUCCUUAUCCUAAGGAAGAGUCACUACAUGGUAACUUUAAAGAAGGAGCAAACGUAAUGGAAAUACCUUCUAACUUGACAAAUGACAGACUCGAUUGUGAGAAAAGGGAUACAUUUGCAGUGCCUGUCCCUCUAGUAUUUCAGGCAUCUGCUGAACAAAAAACGUCUAGUCUCAAAUAUGCUUGGCAGUCAUCUUCUGAUUUUGCUUUAAGUGAAAAUAAAUCGGACUGUGAAAAUGAUAACAAACCAGACACUGAGCAUGUUUUUAACAAAAAUAAGAGUUUUAAAAGUGAUACAGAAAAUAAAAAAGUAAGGAACCCACUCGCUAUGUUUGAAGUGAAAGAAGACCAAGAGCUUGACAUGCCAAUGGCAAAAAGUAUGAACCAAAAUAGCACUAAUUCUAAAUUAGAGAUGGGACAUAUACCUCAGUCUAGUCAUUCGGAAAGCCUUUGUGACAAAAGGUUUUCCAGCUCCAAUGAGGUGAGACAGAUGGCUCAAAUAAAAAGGCACAAUAGUUCUGCUGUUACAGACACUUACAAGAAGACAAAAGACUUGUUCCGGAAGCCAUUCUGUGCAGAUAAUGACAGUACUAAUAACUAUAGAAGUAUGGAAUCCGAAGUAGAAAAUGAGAGUUCUUCUCCACCACGUAGUUACGGAACAUCAGAAGUAUAUCUAAAAGAAGAAAUACAGCAAGAUGUUCAAAAGUUUAAGAACGAGAUAGGCAUAUUACAGAUAGAUUUCCUGGAUUUGGAAAAAGAGAAAGUUCAACUUCAAAAAGAGAUUAAUGAAGAAAAGAAGAGACACCAAAGUAGUAGGAUAGCAGUAUUCGAAAACGUGUGUGCUGUCGCUGCUGCUGCUGCUGGACUAAUUCAACAAAGAGAGAGUGGAAAAACUGAAAACCACCUCUUUCCUGUUGGGAAAAAGGAAGAUUCUGAUGGUAGUGAUCCUGGUUUGCAUAUGAAGGAAGUAAGGAAAGAUGAAAAUGAAAAAUGGACAUCAAAAGUAUCUGUGACUACGCCAGGGCUUGAGAAGGCCGAUUCCGUAACUUCGUGUCCACUACAAGUGAAUGAUGAGAGCACUUCAGGUGAAAUGGAUCAGGAUGAAGGAAGACGUGCAAAGAAAACAUCUCAUGAAAAGAAAGAGGUCAAAAAGCAAAUGAAUUUUAUGGAUGACCUUGAUUUAACUGAGUCAUCUGGAACAGCUUCAGAGGAUUCCAAGUUGCCUUGCUCUAAUUAUAUGAGUUGCAUGUCGCUACCUGCACAAGUUGGCAAGGAUUGUAAAGGUAGGACCAUUUAUCAAUAUAAAGCCUUUGUACGUAUAUCACCGUAA